AGCUAAAGUAAUUAAUGUUUUCUGCACACUUCGAAAACAGAUUCCGAACAGCGAACAAGAUGAAAACUCAAGCAGUAUUAUUUCUUUUCGCUAUGUCCUGCCUAGCUGGAGUCACCUCGCAGGAGGUGUACUGCGGACGGCGGCUAGCUUCAGCUCUCGCUCUGCUCUGCGACUUCAACUUGAUCAAACGGUCGGAGAACCAGCUCAACAUGGCGCAGGAGGACUUCAACUGGCCGUGGAUCGGAGCACACAGCGCCCACAGUUUGGGUAGGAGGAAGAGGCAGGCGGCGUCCGAGUGCUGCGAUAAGCCUUGCACCGUCAACGAGCUUCUGUCCUACUGCGGAAACUGAACAUCGUAUUUAAACCUUUUGACCUUUUAAAUUGUACAUAAAAUCUUUCAUUUUUCUUUGUUGAUAAAUUUAUUUUUAAGGUAGCGAAGAAAAUAUAUUAAAGAAAAUUACCUAUAUAAUAAAUGUUAUGACGUAAU